GUUUGCAAUUUGUAAACUUGUUUGAUUAACAAAAUCCGAUCCCAAAUAGGGAUGCGUUUCACAACAGCGGCAAUUGCUUUGAUUGCGUUCAUCGUGAUAUUUUCAAUUUUUGUGGCAAAUGUUGCAAACUUAGUUGGAAUUGAUAGCAAACUGAGCAAGCGUCUGGAUGCCGCCUAUAGCGAGGGCCAGCAGCGCUGGCAGAUGGAUCGCCUGCAGCGUUCGGGCAAACAACUCAAGCUUGACGAUAGCCCAUGGCACUUGAUGUGGUUUCUACAGAUUUCCGACAUCCAUAUAAGCCUCUACCUUGAUCCCACUCGUGUACCACAUCUGAUCGAAUUUUGCAACCGAACGGUAGACAUUAUCCGUCCCACGGUUGUUCUGGCUUCUGGUGAUUUGACGGAUGCAAAAACCGCUAAUUUUCUUGGUUCCCAACAACAUGAAAAAGAAUGGCGUUGGUACAGGGACGUUUUACGCGAUACAAAUGUGCUGAGUAAAACCACUUGGUUAGAUAUUCGUGGCAAUCAUGAUAAUUUCAACGUUCCGGCACUGCAAGCUAAACAGGAUUUGUUCACCAACUAUUCUGUUCAAGGUAGGAAUCAUCAACGAUCCUAUCUGCAUCAAGUUACCGCAGGCGGUGAACGAUAUAGUUUUAUCGCCGUCGAUGCUUGCCUGGAACCGGGCCCGAAGAGACCAUUCAACUUUGUCGGUAUGCUUUCAAUGAACGAAACCCAACACAUAAUGAGUUUGGCUGAAAAAUCAAGGGACACGGGAACCAAUUAUACAGUUUGGUUCGGCCACUACCCGACUUCAUGCAUUUUGACUCCCGGUUUGGGCACCAGUGGGGUUCGGAAUUUAAUCGGAAAGUAUCAGGAAGGAUACGCUUAUCUUUGUGGACAUUUCCACAAGUUGGGCGGCGCAGUGCCGCAGAUGUACACAAUGCAGAACGAAGGAUUUCUCGAGUUGGAGCUCGGUGAUUGGAUGAAGAAUCGAAUGUACCGAUUGGCUGCUUUUGAUCACGGUCAAUUCUCCUUCGUUGAUUUGCAGCAUAAUCAAUGGCCGGUAGUUUUGAUAACUAACCCCAAGAACGCUCUGUUUAACAUACCUGGUAAGGAGGAAUCAAGGGCUCAAUUGGAAUCUAGUCAUAUUCGAUUACUGGCUUUUUCUCCGGCGAAGAUUACCGAAUGUCAGGUGAAGGUGGACCAGCAGGAGUGGGUAGAUUGCAUACAGGCCAGUAAGGAGCUGUUUGUGGUACCGUGGAAGGCGGAACAGUAUGCACGAGGAAUACACAAAGUUUCAGUCUUUGUGCGGGAUGAAGAUGGUCGAUACCGAGUGGUGGACCAGGAGUUCACAUUGGAUGGCUCCAGAAAGAAGUUUAGUACUUUGGCACGGUUCGUGCUGAUGUACGACACGAAUAAGAUUUUCCAGGCAUUCUUCAGUGUUGCUUUGAUCUCGUGUUUGCUGCCGCUGUGCGUUUUUCGUAUCUGGCAUAUGCUAGUGAGGUAUGGAGCUGUUUCCCGUCCCCGCAUUCGAACCUACUGCUGUCGCGGGUGGAUCCGUAAGAUGUGGAUCUUGUCGACCGUCGAUCGUCUGAUAUUCCCGAUAGUAGGUUACUGCUUAUAUCUGACCUGUGGUCCCUGGUCAUUCGGUGAGGUUAUUGACGGCCACAUGGGCAUCGUUUUUGUGUGGGGCAUAUUUGUGAAUGGAGCCUUUCUGCCGGGUACGUUGACCUACUUCUAUGGGUUCUUUCAGCUGGUGUUCUGUCAAUUUCCACUAAUCAUCAUCUUUGCCAGUAACGCCCAAAAAAGAUUCUACCGAGGGUCAUCAAGUGCUGAAAAGAAACUCAACUUCCUGGCCGCUAGCUGGCAAAAUCUUCCCUUCAUCCUCAUCAUGACGGUUGAACUACUGCUGGCACUCAUUUUUUGGAACGCCUACGGUACCCUAGCUUUCAUAAUCACACCGCUGCGAACAUGGUCCAUCGUGCUGAAUCUGCUGCUGUGGUAUCAAUCGAAGAACCUGCCUAUGAAGUGUCUUCGAUCAGCAGCUGCCGUUUGGUCUCCCCCACCUGAACCUAAGUCAAACCUCUCCCAGUGAGCGUCUUCGCAGUGUUUUUAAGUUUUGCAACAUAACAGUUAGAAUUCGAACCAAACAGAUAUCAGGAAUUGAGUGUUUUUGCCCUUUUCUGCAUUCACAAUGUUGAUGAAAAAUCUAUAUUUAUUACUGUUAUCCAUUUUUUUUAUCACAUUUAGUAGUUACUGACUGAGCUAAGCUAGAUAAAUCUUGAGAAUAUUAAUUCAAUGCUCCUGCACGCUGGGUUUUUACCUACCUAUUUUAUUUAGAAUAUUUUAGACUGCUGACGGAGGUUUGUUUACAACAUAACAUUUACUUCGAUUGAAGGUCAAAUGUUUUUAAACAAAUUAUUCAACAUUCUACACAUGGAUUGAACAAAUUUAUUUAAUUCAGUGUUUGCUAGUGAACAGUCUGGUGCAUCCGACCAAUAGUGUCAACGAAUUAUUACAAAACGGCGCUUAGGUACAGUAUGCAAAAAUUUGUUAAAAAUAUAAUUAAUAUAUUGUUUAUUAUCGACCACCACCACCACCGAAUUAAUAACAUAUAUACCUGUGCAGUUAAGUGCAAUCAGGAAAGAAAAAUACACUGAUUUCCUCAGAAAAGUGUCGGAAUUUGCUAUAAUUCUAGCAAUAAAUUGCAAUCAGUAGGUUGAUUUAGAAAAAUAAGAUAAAACUAACUAGAUUUCCUUGUACUGAAAACAGCUGGCAUUUGGUAAUGUUUAUAUAACUCGUAGAAACACAGCUGUUACAUGUUGCUAGAUAAUAUGAGUGAUUGUGAAAAAUAAAGUAUUUGUCUAACUAAACUAUUGUGAUAAUAAAAUUACUAUCAGUUGAUAA